CCACUUCUAACCAAUCAGCGUGCAGUGAAGGGGGCGGGAAUCAGGCUGUUUCCGGCGUGUUGGCUCGUGUGUGUUGUUGAUGAAAGAUCAAUGUGGAGCCGCUGUCAGAAGGACCCGCGAAAAUAACUUAAAUCAUGAAGCAGCUGCCUCCAGACACGGUGCGGCUGCUGUCCAGCUCCCAGGUCAUCACCUCCGUGCUGAACGUUGUGAAGGAAUUGAUGGAAAAUUCGCUGGACGCUGGAGCGUCAAGCAUCGACAUAAAACUGGAGAACUACGGUUUGGACCGGAUAGAAGUGCGCGACAACGGCCGUGGAAUCAAAGCUGCAGACACUCCUGUGAUGGCCGUCAGACACUUCACUUCAAAGAUCUGCAGCCACGAGGACCUGGAGCGGCUGGAGACGUACGGCUUCAGAGGAGAGGCGCUGGGCUCCAUCUGCGCCGUGGCCGAGGUGUCCGUCAUCACAAAGACACAGGAGGAUGACAUCAGCACGCAUUACACGCUCAACUUCACAGGGGAGAUUGUUUCUCAGAAGCCGUCUCACUUGGGUCAAGGUACAACAGUGAGCGUACUGAAGCUCUUCAAGAAUCUCCCCGUCAGACGGCAGUACUACUCUUCUACCAAGAAGUGUAAGGAGGAAGUGAAGAAAGUGCAGGACCUGCUGACGGCCUACGCCAUCAUAAAACCUGACCUGAGGCUCACGCUCGUUCACAACAAGGUGGUGGUUUGGCAGAAGGCCAAGGUGGCCGAUCACAGAAGUGCCCUCAUUGCUACGCUGGGGCCCAGCGCCGUUGCCAACCUGCUCCCCUGCCACCAUCACCAGGAGCAACCAGAGAUUGUUUUGGAGGGCUUUUUUCCAAAACCUGGAGCAGAUCAUUCCUCCACAAGUUCAUCAAACCCUGACAAGACAUUCAUUUUCAUCAACAACCGACCCGUCAACCAUAAAGAGAUAAUGAAGCUGUUGCGUCAACACUACAUCGCUCAGUAUCCGGAUGACUCGGCCCGAAACCGUUAUCCCACCCUCAUGCUCAAAGUGACGGUUCCGCCCUCUUCAGUCGACGUCAAUCUGACGCCAGACAAGACCCAGGUUCUCCUUCAGGACAAGGAGGCUGUCCUGACCGCAGUCGAGGCUUUUCUGGUUUCUCUCUACGGCUAUCGGCCUCGUGGUGACCCGCCAGCUGAGACGCAGCUCGUCCGUGAGAAGUGUCCCUCGCCCUCAAGUCCUCUACAGGCUGAUGCUUCACGACUGGACAGUGAGGAGGUUUUAGAGGUCGAUGUUGAUCUUAGCAAGGUCCUCAAAGAUGCUCCUAAACAUGGUGACACAGCAGUAAGAACUGAUGCUCCACUGGACCCUCUGACCCCAAACAGCAGCUCCUCUUCUAUAGCAGAGGACUGGAUUGUCAACCAGAUCCCAGCAGGACCAGAGUCUAGUUUUUCUCUCUAUGAUGAUCAGACAGCAGAAACAUGUUCAGCUAACAAAUCUCCCGAGAGACUGCAGGAUGAAACCGUUUCAGGUGCAGAGACAAACAAAGACCAGUUAUCAGCUGAGGACUGGAGCCGAGGGACGGCUUUGACCGACCCCGUAUCAGGAGAACCCCUUCAGCCCGUCAGAAUCCACCAACCCUCAAAGGACAAUCACCCAGACUCGGACGAGGUCAAGAGUCCGAGCAGCUCGAACAAAAAGAUGCUCAACGCCAUCACGGAGAAGCGUGCUGCUCUGACGGCCUACGACCUGAUCAGCAACCGCGCCAUGAGGGCACCGCUGUCUCCCGCCGCCCUGUUCGAGAAGGAGGCCAGAGCCGAGGUCCUGAGGGAGAAACCCACAGCCAGCCUGCAGGAUAUCAGCGACGCCGUCCACGAGAGGUGGAAAAAUCUGAGGGAGGAAGACCGUAAGAAGUAUGAGGUGAAGGCAAAAAAACACCUGGAUCACCACGACCAAAGGACCAAGCUGGCCUCUGCUGAAGGCCCCACAGAGACCGGCACGAUCGCACCGAGGGUCCACGCACAGGGCCAGAAACGCAAAGCCCCGCUGUCCAACCAGAAGCUGCUGGACGAGCUCUUCUCCGCACAGCCCCAGAAGAAGAGCAGGAGCCUGGCGACGGCACCGAAGCCCUCGCUGCCCCUCCCCUGCAGCGUGCCUUCCCUUCGGCUGCAGCUCCAGCGCCUUUCAUCCCAGAGCAGCGCAGUGCCACGGGGCCUCCGUCUUGUAAACCGGCUGGCCUCUCAGAGCGCCUGGGUCAUUUUAUGUGGUCAGAGGCUCAUGUUGUUAAACCCAUUUCGAGUGGAGGAAGCCUUGCUGUUUAAGAGACUCCUAGAGAAUAAUAUACUUCCAGCAGUGAGUCUGCAGAACCCUAUACAGUUAACAGAUGGAAGUCUAGGGGGGGCUGAAUAUAUCGAGGCUUUGUGCAACAUGGAGAAGCAAAGUCCUGAGCUGAACGGAGGAGCCUUCUUCUCCGAUCCAAGACUUGUGGCUAAUGGUUUUAAAAUCCAUCUCACUCCAGGCCUCACGUCAGCCGAGAGACAUCUGGAAGUGACGGCAAUGGCAGACUACGUGCCUUUCCUCGGCGUGGAGGACCUCAGGGAGAUCCUCGCUGCAGUUCUGCACAGGAAGGCCACGACCGUGAAAGAGUGCCGGCCACUUAAAGUGACAAACUACCUACAAGUGAGCGAUGCUGCAAAGAUUUUAAAAGGGUUAAUUUGUAAAAUGAUUGAACAAUGCUAUGUGAUCUGUUGCAGAGAUACAUACCGAAGUUAGCACGCUAACCAGCUAGCCCGUCUCAUGAUAACACUUUGUACCUCAAGAGGUGAUAGUGUGAUAGCCCUUUUGUUUCGUAUACCAGAUUAAUUAUUAAGAAUUUAAUAAGUCAACAAAAUGUCAAGACAGGAAAUCAUUUUUACACCUGAUUUUCUUACUUGACAGAAAAUAGAACCAUGUACCGUCUGAAAUCAAGUUUCUCUCUUUUGCCGAACUAAGACCAGCUUCAUUACUUCAUUAACUCAUCAUAAAACACACUUCAUUCAAACUGACAUAAACUUGUUUUUUUUUCCUCACAAUCGCUUCUGGGUUGGUCGAUAUAAGAUCUGGAAAUAUUUUGGCUCUAUGUGCUUUUUUUUUUUGCUAACUGUUGAUGCCUAAUUCUCUCCCUCGUCUGCCGCUUCACUCCUUUCCUGUCGUAUCUUCUUAUCCUGAGUUACAGUUCUGGUUAGCGCCUCUGUAAAUCGCCUCCUUACUUUAACCCGUCGCCAAACUGACCCCCGUCGAUCUCGGCCACUGCUCCAGUGGAUGUGAGGUUGCAGUGUGGGCUCUAUGGCUAACUGAGCUACUUGCUAACUGCAGCUGUAGUCACUCCAGAUCGCUACAUCAAAGAGUUUAUUGAGCAGCAGUUAGCGGUUAUGGUGCCCGCUACAAUUUUGGAGCUACAUUCAAAUUCUGGUCAUAUCUUAGAAAUUACAAAUAUCUUUAUCUU